AUGAAGAAUGCUUAUCGAUACAUUCGCCUUGUCGGAAAUCUGAUCGCAUUUGCCCGGUACAAACCAAUCCGUCCACCGGGUCAUGACCUGUCUUUAACUGCCAACAACGUUGCAGUUAUCAUACCUACCCUAGAAGGCUCGGGAGAACAGUUGGUUAACACUCUGGAGUCAAUUCUGAAGAAUGCACCUCAACAGAUCAUACUGUCAACCAUUGAUGAAAAUCGACAGAAAGCUGAGUUGAGCGCAACAUCAAUGCAGAAUCGCAGAACCAAAGUGGAAGUGACAAGUGUUCCUAGACCAAAGAAAAGUCAUCAGAUUGCAAUUGCAACUAAGAGGGUUCGCACAGAGUUUGUUAUCCUUGCAGAUGGCGAUGUUCUGUGGCCUCCAUGCCUUGUGCCAUGGAUUCUUGCUCCGUUUAAGGAUCCUCUCAUGGGAGGUGUGGCCACAUGCCAGCGUGUGCAGGCACCUAACAACCCAAGGAUAUCCUUCCAGUACAUCUGGUGGUUCCUGGGCGGAUUGUAUCUAGAGCGAAGAAACUUCGACUGUACUGCAACCACUUAUAUGGAUGGAGGUGUUCCCUGCCUCUCAGGCCGAACAGUUGCAUAUCGCAAGGAGAUCCUCCAACCCUGCAUGGAACCUUUUGUCAAUGAGACCUGGUUUGGCAAAUCGCUCAACGCGGACGAUGACAACUUCCUGACGCGCAGGAUGGUCACUCACGGAUACAAAACCUACUUCCAAUCCCAUCCCAAUGCCGAGGUUCUCACAACGCUAGAGGAGAGUCCGAAGUUCCUCAAACAAUGUGUGCGAUGGUCCAGAAGCAACUGGCGAAGUAAUCUGCGCAGCUUGUUUAUUGACCGGGCUGUCUGGUGUGUUUCUCACAACCAUAUCGCAAUUAGCUCUCUUAACUGA